AUGUCCACCCACACCCCCCAACCCCCCUCCCCUCUCCUCCUCCUCCCCGCCGAACUCCGCAACAAGAUCUACAAAUUCGUCUUCCUCAACACCACCAUCAACAUCAACAAGCUACUCAUCAAAAAAGACGUGCUCAGCUGCUACCCCAGCGUCCGCGCCAUCCUCUACACCUGCCGCCAGAUCUACAUCGAAGCCAGCGCUUUGUCCUUCACGCUCUGCACCUUCGUCCCUAGCUACUUCGCGCUCCGGUUUUUUUCUUCUUCCAACCUACCGACUGCGGGCUUCGGAAGGAUCGAGCAUCUGUGGCUGACGCAAGGAAAUGGGCGGGCUAUCAUCGAGGGACAGGAUGAAAUGAAGGGUGCAUAUCUCAAAGAAUGGUUUGCUUCACUAAAGCUCUUAGAGAUAGAAGUUUGGCGUCUAAAGGUCAACCUAACGGACGCUCAGGCAAGAGAGAAGGUGAGGGAUGCAUUUGGGCUGCCGGAUCUGUGUAUUGUGGGAAGGCGCGUAGGUGAGGAUGGGCUGGUGGCUGUUUGA